GUUUUCCCUUAAAAUGCAAUAAUCUUUUGUGGUGUUUCGCUUUUAAUUAAAUAAAUACUCGCACAUGCAUUUGACAGCGUUUUCAAAUUGAUUAAUCUGCGCGCGACAUGGGUGUAAUUUUUAAAUAAUUGCCAUUUCAAUGGCGCGACAUGAUAAAAAAUGUGUUAACGCUUUUCCCUUUUGCUGUGCGGCAAUCGGUUGCGCAUUUGUCACAGUGCAUUCAUAUAAAUAUGUGAUAUAGAUGAGUUGGAAUAGUUUUUUGGCAGCAGAGGAAAGUAGCAAUGCUGCCAAUACUUAUAAUACUUUUGAUGGGCUGCAGUUCGAUGGGUGGUGGCUUCGCCCUAAGCAGACACACGUGGACAUAUCGCCUCAGAUCGAGCAGAAUGACCACCAGCAAUGCAACGGUGGCCGGUGGUGAAACGCAUCUGGAACGCGAGGGACGCGGCGAAUACACUAUGAGUGGCUACUUGUACUUCAACGUGGAUCUGCCGGAGGAGUUUCAGGUGGAGGUUAGCAUCUAUCGCAGCAACGAUGGUGGCGCCACCUACAAGAUCGAGCCCUAUUCCGUGCCGCGCACAGGACUCUAUCAGGCAAUGAACACCUUCUACAAGGACAUUAUCAUGUCAUCUGCCGCCAAAUGUUCGAAUUUUCCGCAAUUCAAGGACAAACUCGAGCAUGUGGCUGCGCAGAAUUUCACGUACAACAAGUGCGUUUUGAGCGUCGAUGGAUUUCCCACGUAUGUGUCCGAUGGCAUUUACAAAUUCGAAAUUAAGUCCUUCGGCCUGGUGGAGCUCCAUUUCGAGGCUCUCGUCGAAGUGUCGCAGAUAACCUUCUGAUAAUCUGCGACAUUAUAAUACGCAUAUUCACUUAUGUAUAUUUCCACCAAUAUUUUUAUAAACUAUUUACUCAGCUGCAUAAA